ACACGUACAAUGGCGCGUAGAACGUGUUAGUUUUAGCUAGGGUUUCUAACCUUAUGCUAUAUAUAUAGAGCUUUUCCUCUUCUUUCUCUCUCAUUUUUCGAGGGUUUAUUUCAGCUGCAGCGGCAAAUUUCCACAGACCUGCCGCCAUGGGAAGGAGACCUGCAAGGUGUUAUCGUCAGAUCAAAAACAAGCCUUACCCAAAGUCACGUUAUUGCCGUGGUGUUCCUGAUUCAAAGAUCAGGAUCUAUGAUGUGGGGAUGAAAAAGAAAGGUGUGGAUGAGUUCCCUUUCUGUGUGCACCUAGUAUCUUGGGAGAAAGAAAAUGUGUCUAGUGAAGCCCUGGAAGCUGCUCGAAUUGCUUGCAACAAAUAUAUGGCCAAAUAUGCUGGAAAGGAUGCCUUCCACUUGCGCGUCCGUGUUCACCCAUUCCAUGUCUUGCGUAUCAACAAGAUGCUUUCAUGUGCUGGAGCUGAUAGGCUUCAAACUGGCAUGCGAGGUGCUUUUGGCAAGCCACAAGGCACUUGUGCAAGAGUAGCCAUUGGUCAGGUUCUUCUUUCUGUUCGUUGCAAGGACAGCAACAGCCAUCAUGCACAGGAGGCCCUCCGUCGUGCAAAGUUCAAGUUCCCUGGUCGCCAAAAGAUUAUUGUCAGCAGGAAAUGGGGUUUUACAAAGUACAGCCGUACUGAUUAUUUGAAAUACAAGUCGGAGAAUCGCAUUGUGCCUGAUGGUGUUAAUGCUAAGCUUCUUGGAUGCCAUGGACCUCUGGCGAAUCGCCAACCAGGAAGAGCAUUCCUGCAUGCUAGUGCUUAAGACAUUAAGUUGCUUAAAAUAUGGGAGUACUUGGCCAAGUCGUAGUAGUAUUUUGAGGCUUUUAUUGUCAUUAAUGUUGGUGCGUGAUGAAAGAACUUUUGUUUUGUUGAAUUCUUAGUGGUAUCUUCCUUGGACUGUACUUGGGUUUCAAGCAAUUCUUGUUCAACUUUUUCUUAACGGCUAACAAUUACGUGGCAAUAUUGUGGAAUUUGCAACAUUUCAAUUCAAUAGGAGUUUUGAUUGUUUACGUUUU